UCUUGUUGUACUUUUCACCGAUUGUCAGCCACGUCAUUUGUGUUCUUAUUCCUUCAAUGUUGUCGUGAAAUAUUUAGUUAGAAUUGACGAGUGUUGAAAAUCUUUAUUUUCGACAACAUAAAGUUGAAAGUGUUUAUGGAAUAAGAAUUACAUUAUAUAUUAAAUAUCAACUUAAUACAUUUAUGAGAAAUGAAUAUCUUUCGCUUAGCCGGUGAUUUGUCACACGUAGUGGCUGUAAUCAUACUACUGCUAAAAAUUUGGAAAACCCGCUCCUGCGCAGGAAUAUCUGGAAAAUCUCAAAUUCUAUUUGCAUUAGUUUACUUAACGCGUUAUUUGGAUUUGUUUACCACUUAUGUUAGCCUUUACAAUUCGGUUAUGAAAGUACUAUUCCUUUCGGCAUCUGGAACAACACUAUAUUUGAUGUAUGGAAAAUUUAGAGGAACUUACGACCAUAAUCAUGAUACUUUUCGCAUUGAGUUCUUACUUGUUCCGUGUGCUUUGCUGUCAUUGAUUAUUAAUCAUGAGUUUACUGUAAUGGAAAUCCUGUGGACAUUUUCGAUUUAUUUGGAGUCGGUUGCAAUUCUUCCACAGCUAUUUAUGGUUAGCAAAACCGGAGAAGCUGAAUCAAUUACUAGUCACUAUCUCUUCGCUCUUGGUUCAUAUCGAGCUCUUUAUUUAUUAAACUGGAUUCAUCGAUACAUUGCUGAAACUCAUUACGAUUUAAUAGCGAUAUUUGCCGGGAUAGUACAAACUAUUUUAUACUGCGAUUUCUUUUAUUUAUAUAUAACUAAAGUACUAAAAGGAAAGAAAUUGCAAUUACCGGCAUAAAAACAUGGAGUGUCUCAACAUUUUGAGUGUAAAUUAGCGUUAAAAACCAAUUUUCAAAUGUAAUAUCUUUUAUUUAUUUAAGAGUGCAUUUUAAUAUUGUAUCUACAACUUCUUGAAGUUUUAAAUAUGUAAUAAUAAUUUUAUGCUCCCAUAAAAGCUA